AUAUAUAUAUAUAUAUAAAGCAUCUCUCCCUAUAUAAAGCAAUCGCAAGACCACACAAGCAAGAAGAGAGAGAGAGAGAGAGAGAGAGAGAGAGAGAGAGAGAGAGAGAGAGAGAAUGGAACUAAAGGAAGACCAUGAAGACUCACACCACCACCAACAAGACUUCCAUGUUCUAGCUGUCGAUGAUAGCCUCAUAGACAGGAAGCUCUUAGAAAAGCUUCUUACAAUCUCUUCCUACCAUGUGACAUGUGUGGAUUCUGGAAGUAAGGCGUUGGAGUAUCUAGGCUUGCCGGACAAUCUUGAUAAUUCUACUUCUUCUACAACAGAACAACAACGCGCCGUGAACGUGAAUUUGAUAAUCACAGACUACUGCAUGCCUGGGAUGAGCGGCUAUGAUUUACUCAGGAGGGUCAAGAAAUCUUCAUGGAAAGACGUUCCAGUCGUUGUUAUGUCAUCGGAAAACGUGCCCUCCAGAAUCAGCAGGUGCUUGGAAGGAGGGGCAGAGGAGUUCUUUUUGAAGCCUGUUCAGUUAUCUGAUAUGAAGCGGCUUCAACCUCACCUUUUGAAAUCACUCAAUUCUACUUCCAACAAUAAUAACAACAACAACGCAACAAACAACAGCAGCAACAACAACAACAACAACAACCACACAACAAACAACAGCAGCAGCAACAACAAUAACAACAACAACACAACAAACAGCAGCAACAACAAUAAGAGAAAAGCUAUGUCUCCUCCACCCAACGAGAGAAGACCCAAAUGUAGAAGUUUAACAGUUGUGUAAAAACAUAAAAUCAUAAGCAAAUUUUGUCAUAUACAGGUUUGGAUUCGCAUCCUUUUGCUGA